CCAAAGAGACCAAUGGACAAACACUCGAGAAACGCUUUGGGCAGAAAUAGAAUUGAACAUCAUUUGUUGUGUGUGUGUGUGUGUAGAGAAACACAAAUAACGCCGAAGGGUUUGUGAGAUGGUUGUGUUGCAAGUAAUCGAUCCUCAAACGAAGAAAACUUAUGAAAUAAAUGGUGUGGAAGAAGAGGGCUAUAUUCCUUCUACAGAAUGGAAAAAAAUAGUCUUACAGGAAGGUACAGGACUCAUGGUAUAUGAUCCCUUUUAUUACAAUACCUCCGUUGCCAAGUCUUCCAUUUCUUAUUCAGACCCCUACAAAGGAAAACUUUAUUAUCGUGGAUAUGAUAUGGAAACUCUCUCUGAGAAUUCCAACUUUUUAGAUGUUUCUUUUUUGCUCAUUCACGGUUCACUACCUUCGAAGCAAGAAAGUGAAGUUUGGAAGGAUUUGAUAAUGUCUCACACUUAUCUUCACGAAGAUAUACUUGCCCAACUUAGAAGAUUCCGUUACAAUGCUCAUCCCAUGGGGAUCAUGAUAGCCACUUUAGCCGCUUUGAUGGCUUUUCACCCCGAAGCCAAUCCCUCUCUUCGCGGAGCUGACUUGUAUGAAAAGUCAAAGGAGAGUUGUAACAAACAGAUAUUUCGCAUAUUAGGGAAAGUACCUACUAUUGCAGCUUGUGCUUAUCGUAUGCGUGUUGGAAGACCCUUCAACUCACCUGAUUCCACAGGAACGAUGAGUUUUACUGGAAAUUUCUUAGCUAUGUUGGACCGACUUUCGGAACCAUUGUAUAUUCCUGAUGAGCGUUUAUCAAGACUAUUGGAUAAAGUAUUUAUAGUGUUGGCUGAUGAUGGAAUGAAUUGUGCAACUAGUAUGUUACGUCAUGUGGCAUCUAGUAAAGUGGAUCCUUAUACUGCCAUUUCAGCUGCAGCAGCUGCUCAUUAUGGUCCGAGGAUUAGUGGAGUGUCCGAUGCUGUGAUAGGGAUGUUAUCAGAAAUCCAAGAUUCUUCCCCAUCCUCAGUUCGUUCGUUUUUAGAUCGAUGCAAGUCAGAGAAUAGAAGACUUCAAGGCUUUGGUCACCUUAAUUACAAAGCAUAUGAUCCUAGAGCUCGAGUAUUAAAAGGCGUUGCUAAGGAAGUAGCUGAGUUGCUUGGUCGUGAUGUUUUAUUAGAUAAAGCGUUUGAGUUGGAGCGUCAAGUAUUAGAAGAUGUGCAUUACACUUCACGUGGUGUCUAUCCGAAUAUUGAUCUUUAUUUGUCUUUGAUAUGGAGAAUGAUGGGUUUUCCGUCAGAUUUUGCUCCUGUUUUAUCAGCUGUACCUCGAACGGCUGGUUGGUUGGCUCAUUGGAAGGAAGGAUUAACUGAUCCUUAUGCCAAGAUAUGGCGUCCUAGACAAAUCUACAAAGGAGAGGAGAAGAGAGAUUAUGUUGCUUUAGAGAAGAGACAACCUCCACCUCAUGGAGAGCCUAGUUUAGAUUAUCCAGAAACGAGACAGAAUAGAAGAAGAUUACUAUGUUAUCAACAUAAUAAUAAAGAAUGAAAAGUUGAUUUUCUUUUUUAUGAAACAACAACAUUUGUGAAGAGAAGAAGAAUGGGAUGGUGGUGGUGGUGGUGUGUGAUUGUGGUGUUGAUAGUCGUUAUUAAAAGGAAAGUUUUACUU